AUGGAUGAUAAGUCGGCGGCGCGGAUCGCGAGGUCUCGCGGAAAGAACGACGGCUUUGCGAAGCGAGCAGAUAUGGCUGCCCGAAACAACAAGGAGCAGAAAGGUGAGAGCUCGGAUGGCGCUGGACAAAAGGGAGACUCGAGCCAGAAGAAAGAUGACGGUCAGCAGGAGAAGUGA